UGCAGUUCUGUUCUAGAAUUGGGUCAGUUUAUUUAACUUUGUUUCAGUUCCUUGGAAGGUGAUUUACAUCAGUAUCCCAUGUUGCACUGCUUUAUCAGGGGUUACAAGAUGGCGACGCCCAUGCACAGAAUAAUUGCUCGUAGGCAGGCGGAGGCUAACAAACAGUAUGUCCGAUGUCAAAAAUGUUUAGAAUUUGGACACUGGACGUACGAAUGUACUGGGAAGAGGAAGUAUCUACACAGACCCUCCAGAACUGUAGAAUUGAAGAAGAAAUUAAAGGAGAAUGAAAACAACUUGACAUCUAUGCCAGUACCAGGCAGUGAAGGGGCAAGUGAAAAGAAGACCAAGACAAAAAAGAAAAGAUCCAAGGAUUCGAGCAGCUCCAGCAGCAGCAGCAGCAGCAGCUCCAGUAGUUCGUCCAGUGACUCUUCAUCAGACAGUGAUUCUUCCUCCAGUUCCUCCUCGGACAGUGACGGUGAUGACAGCUCCUCCUCCUCCAGCUCCAGCAGCGACUCGGACUCCAGUGACAGCAGCUCCGACAGCGAGCCUCCCAAGAAAAGGAAGAAGAAGAAAUAAGAUGAAUGGUUUUGAUCCAGAUCAGAGUUCCAGCCCUGUUUUAGUGCUCUGUUCAGACUGAUUUUUAUAGGUUUGUCAUGUAAAUGAAACCUAACACAAGUCUUGGAGCUUCUAGUGGCAGAAGUUGUCAGUAAGGGUUUGCUGAAAAGAGGUAUAGACCAGGUACAUUUAUAAACCUUUACUAGCGUGAUGAACGGAUCUCAUAUUCCAAAAGGUAUAUCUUUUAGGAGUAAAAGUAUUUAUAGUAGAGUGUGAUUUCUUCAACAACAAUAUUACAUAUUUGACAAAAAAACGAAACUUUACCUUUCAGUUAACCAUGUUUUACAGCUGUUUUAUGUGGACUGUUUCCAUUGUGUGUAUUUGAUCACAGGCAAGAUAAGGGGACCAGAGAUUUGCAUGUUUGUGAACUACAAGUUGGCUGUUCAAAUUAUUUUACAUGGCAGACAUUUUCAAGGUUUAAGAAAAUUAACAAUUAAUAAAUAUUUUUGUAAAUGACAACUUUAUCAUAAUUCCAGAGUGUGAAUUUGCAUUUUUGUUUCUUCUUUUUUUUUAUUGUAUAUAAUAGAAGCAUUAAACUUAUUUUUAAACCUAUAUUUUCACUCUACUCCAAUUAUUAAAUACUAGUUUAUACUGUCGUCACAUUUAACCUGGGUCACACUUACCCCAAAAUUAACAUAGUUCAAGUUUAAUUUGACGUAUAUAAGAUAUGUAAUUGUAAUAUUUCAGAACCUUUCCUAGUAUUGUUAUAUGUUGUCGUAACAGUAGGAUUGUAAUGUUUGGCUCAUAGGAGGGUAAUUUGAAGCAUCUGUCUUAGUUAAGACAUAUUUUUGUAGUUUUCUUUUUUUUUUAAUAAAGAGGUUGUUUAAGUUUG